AUGAACCUCGAGACGAUGCUCUAUGAGAGCGACGGCGAUCUGAUACGACUCACGCUGAACCGACCACAGGCGCUGAAUGCAGUGAACUAUCGGGGCGUGGUGGAACUACUCGAGGCAGCGCAAGCAAUCCACGACGAUCCGACGGCGCGGGCGGUGCUCAUCCGUGGGGCAGGGCGGGCCUUCUGUAGUGGGAUAGACCUGAAGGAACUGGCAGCGGGAGAGACGCCCACGCUUACUUCGACCACUGGGACCGGGCACUACGGCUGCUGGAACUGUCGGACAAGCUGGUGCUUUGUGCAAUCCAGGGAUACGCGCUGGGGGGCGGGCUGCAACUCCCGCUGGCUUGCGACAUACGAAUUGCCACUUCCGACUGCCAGCUGGGACUGCCUGCGGCGAAAGAGGGAUUCAUCCCAGGGCUGGGGACGUACCGGCUGCCGCGGUACAUCGGGCUGGGCCGGGCCAAGCGGAUGGCGCUUUCGGGCGAGAACGUGGACGGACGAGAAGCGCUGCGCAUCGGCCUGGUGGACUACGUGGUGGAGCCGGACAGCUUCGACUCCGAAGUUGAGGCACUCACUCAACACUACUUGUCCAUCAGCUCGGAGGGGGCUCGGCAGACCAAGUUGA